GGGGAAAAAGAAGGACGAGGUUGAGGUCGACAAGACCGGCCUUUUAUCUUUGUCCACCGGGCCUUCAUUCCCCACCUCUCCCUCAAAGUCGUAGUCAAGGGAGCUGCCGAGCCCGGACUGGCUUGGUCGCAAAAGGCUCGUGCGCUGGGAGGCCAAAGCGGCAGAGCCUUAGUGCAAAGGCGAGGCGGUGACAGGAGGGUGCGAAGAUCCCGUCUUGCAGCAAGCAUGGCUAUGCGGCAACUAGCUCCACUGAGCGUCAUCUGACAUUGACGAGCGAAAGCUUGUGGCCGUGCCAAUCCAAUGGAAGAAGACGGGACUGGUAGCUGUUCGCUAGACGUUGCGCUCAGGAUAGGGUCCGAGACCGUCGACGGACUUGCACCGUUGCCGCGGGUAGCCUCUCUGGUCCACUGAACAGGAUUUCCUCGCUACGAUGACAUCGCAUCGCCUGACCGCGGAGAAGGGACCGACCAUUCCCAUCCGGCCAAAGAUGGAUGGUGCCGCGGGUCGGUUCAGUAUCCAAAGAGGCCGACAAAGGCGGCGCUUCAAGCUGUCGAAGCAACCCGCGCUUCAUGGAAACGAAUCGAUGACGGCAGGACGGCCCGCUUCGAAGCUUGCGUGGCUUGACAAGAUGAAUGAGCGAGCGCGCGAGAUGGAAUACGGUUGGGGAGCUUCUCCUCGCAUCAAAGCGCGUGUGCAGCAGCAGCAGCAGCAGCGGGAACAAGCUAGCGUUCCUGUAACUGAAUGGCCGCGACCAGGCGAAUUAGUAGCGUCCAGUGCCAAGGUACCACGGCACGCUGUUUGUGGAUCAUUAAAUGGCCAGCCACACCCCGGGCAUCUCCAUAGGCCUAGAUCUGAUGGGCCAGAUGUGGGGGCUCCCGUGUCCCCCACGGGAAAGAAGGCAGGGAGGCAGCGAGAACUUGUCGCCUCACCCCGAUCCCCGUCAGGCGCUUGGACGAAAACGACGUCCGUGCGCUGCAUUCAUUGCAAAGCCGCUGCAAACUUGCGGGGGAGGAUGAGCGGAGCUGAGAAUGAGGGUCGAUGAUCAGCAAUAAGGUUGCGCACGAAAGACAUCUUUUCUCCCUCCUCAUCACCAUGAAAGUGAGGGGGGCCAUGUGUCUCAGUCGCUGCUCGCUACUGUCUUAGCAUUCGCUGGUCCGACCUUGGCUCUUGCUGUCGCGGCACUCCGGAGUCGG